ACCUAGGGGAAAGUUAAAAUGGAAUUAUUAUAGAUUAAAUGCAUAUUAGAGACACCAUAUAUAGGCAUAGGGAAAUUAACAGACUUCCUUCUUAUGAAACUAAACACCACAUUGAAAUGCUAGUCCAGUGAAUAAGCUCCUUCACUCCUCCCAUGCAAAUGAUUCACUUUGAGUAAGUCCUGCUAACACGACAGGCUCAUUUUCCACUGUGGACUCGUCUGGUGAUGAUAGACAAGUUCGUUACUGAAAAUAAGCUUGGGAAAGUUUUUUUUUUUUUACAAGAAUUUUUAACACAAGUUUAAACACAAGUAUGUUAGAGUAUUGAGUAGAAACGCGAUAAUGUUUUGCGGAUACUGGAAUGUGGACUUCAUACGCCUCCUGUGUUUCUCCCUCAUGCUGGCUGGAGUUGCCUCAGAAUCAGUGAGACCACCACCCACAUUUGAAAUCAUUGAGAAAGGAAAUUAUCUCAAUUUUCACGCAAGUGCCCCUGAAUCAGAAUCGCCUCACUGCUGGACGUACAUGUUUUGGUACAGAAAAUGCAAUGAGGAAAAAGUCACUACAACUGCAACUAAAGACAGCAAUUGGACAGCCAAGGUGGAAUACGAUGCUGCCUGCAAGUACCAUGUUCAACUGCAGGCAAAAUAUGAUACAACGUACUGUGGGGACGUUGAACUUGACAGUAACAUAAGCAAACCUGUGUAUUUCGGUCAGGAUGGUGAUCCAGAUUUGCCAUUUAAAGUGUCUAUGAUUGUCAUCCCUGUAAUAGCAUGCUCUUGUCUUAGCAUUGCUAUAGUGCUGUUUAGGAGACACAAGCAGAAAUUAUUCCCCAAAGUUCCCAGUCCAUCACAUUUCUUCAAUGAUAUGUUUGACAGGAACAAAGAAAUGACAAAGAGCCUAUAUGUGAGAGAACUCUAUGUGCCUGAUGAAGAGGUGGUGGAAGAGAUCCAACAAGUCAUGAAUUCUAAUCAGUAAAACAACAUAAAGGAUGAACAUGUUCUAGAUGAAGAUGAAGAUGCCCAACAACUCAGCAAAGGAGGAAUACAAUGCAGCUUUGCAGAUACACUGUAACCCUAGCCCUAACCCAAGUGCAACCAGAAUAUACUGUCUAAUGUGGUAAUUCUUGAUAUAUGUGCUAUAGCUCUGCAAGAUGUCAUCCUCUGCCUUAUUCCAAUCAGGUCUGGAGACCGAGAGGGUCAUGGCAGAAGCUCCUUUCAAAGUAUUUUUCUACUGAUAUUGUGCUGUUUUUGGAUUGAUGUCUUCCUGCAUUUCAUAUUUAACCCGAGUGAUACACGUCACUCUGACAUGACCAAAAAAAAAAAAAAAAGGGAACAGCAAGCCAGAAUUUGUUUUGUAAAAUGUUGUGUUGCUAUUGGGUGUCAGAACUGGAAAGGUCUUCAUAAACAUAUUCAUUUUUACAGCAUACUACUGAAUCUGACACCUUUCUAUGCCAACAGAAAAUGGUUGUAGUGAGGUUGUGGCUAAAUGCGAGAUAGCUAAGUCAUGUUCUAAGUGAGGAGUUGCCUAUAAUGUACAAGUUUUGCUAGCUAAAUUUGUUCAGCAAAAAUUUGCCUUUUGACUUUUUUUCUGUAUUUGCCCUGGGAUGUAAAUAAUAAUUAAUUUUUAUAUUCUUUCCCUAAUGCUUUUCUUUUCUUUAUUUUGGCCUUUUCCGCUCCUUCUUUUCUUUUUUUGUUGUUCACAGAUGUAGUCCUACAAGUUAUAAUGCUAACAUUACAUUUAUUGAAUCGCCAAACUGCGGCCUUCCCAAUUAGCCACUCCGGGAAUCAAUGCCUUCAAUUCCUCUCUAGUUUGAAUGCUUAGAGUUGCUAUGAGAUAUGUAUAUAUGUCUGGUCAUUUAGGACCACUUAGGAUCAUUUAGCCACUGACAGGACACCAAGCCAUAAGAAUCUUCUAGAGUUACACCAUUUGAAAGUGUUUGUUUAGCCAAAUAGCACUUCCUGUUUUUUUAGUGGUAAUCCGUAAUCAACAAAGUGGAUAACAUUUUAGCUAACGUGAAUCCAAAUCCUAAAUAAAUCCUAAAUAAAUUCUUUAUAGAUUCUUCAGUCAGAUUAUGUAUUAUGAUCAUGUAGCAUCAAGUUGCUUGAGUCACUCAGGUCUUUUUGCAACCAGUUGUGGGCAUAUCUCUUUUUCUUUACAUUAGUUUUUGGUUUUGUUUUGAUUGUUGAUAGAUAAAUUGUAAAGCAAAUGUACAUUUUCUAUCAUGCAAUGCAAAGCCCAUGCCAGCAUUUGCACUGCACUGCAGUAUGAGUGUAACUUAAGAAUAUGGAGUAACAUAUCUGUUGCUGUGUUCAACAACUCUUAAUAAAAUAUCAUUUAUUUUAA